CUGUCGAAAAUUUAUUUCCGGUCUGUAAAGGGGUUGAACUUACCGGCGUAAAUUGUAUUGGUAGUUUAUCAGUUUUAAUCAGACAAAUUAAGAAGUAUUUUGCUACAUCAGAGAUGAAUACGUUUCUAGGAAAGUUAAUUCUAUUCCUAUUGUUGGUUUUACCAACAACGUUGAUGAUAUUUGGGAAUGGCCCUGGAAGCAGUUUUGUUGCAAGAGCUGAUGAUGCUAUGGAAGGAGAAGUAGAUGGUGAGGAUGAUGAUGAAGCUACAGUUGAGACAGAUGAAGGUGGACAGGAAGAAGGUGAUCAGGCUGUCACUGAAACUGAACAGGGUGAAGAAGAGGAAGAGGAGGAGGAUACGCAGUUAAAACCUUCGGAGGAUUCUGAUGUUACUAUCCUCUUUACCAAACCUGUUAACACUAAUGAUCUUCCGUCUGGUCAGGUAGUGAGGUUUAUGGUUGGAUUCAAGAACAAAGGAGAGAAAGACUUUGAAGUGAAAAGUCUUGAAACAUCCUUCAGAUACCCACAGGAUUACUCCUUCUACAUACAGAAUUUUACAGCCCUUACAGUGAACCAGGUUGUUGAACCCAACAAGGAGGCUUCAUUUGAGUAUGGUUUCACCCCUAGUGAGGCAUUCAACUCUCGUCCAUUUGGUCUCUGCAUCCUGCUCAACUACAAAGAUUCCGAAGGUAACGAGUUCCAGAAUGCUGUUUUCAAUGAAACAAUAAACGUUGUUGAACCAGAUGAGGGUUUGGAUGGUGAAACAUUCUUCUUGUACGUCUUCCUUGUUGCUAUCCUUGUUCUGGCACUUGUCGGAGCUCAACAGCUUCUUACAUCAUUCGGAAAAAAGCGCUUGGGAAAGGGCAAAGCAGCCCCAAAGGUGGAGAUGGGAACAACGAAGACAGAUGUGGAUUACAGCUGGCUCCCACAGGAAACUCUGCAAGGAAUGAACAAGUCCCCAAAGGGAUCACCGAGGGGUGGAUCACCAAGGAAACGAAAAAGCAAACGUGGCUCCGGAGAAGAAUAAUCUUCUGUCUGGAGACAAUUCAAGAGAAAGUGACAAGUUUUCCAGUGUCUAGAAUAUAUGCUAGUUACACCGAUAAACAGUACUUAAUAGAACUUUUCACACGAAAGCAUGUUGUUCUGUUGUCUGACUAGAGAACUAUAUAUGAGUUUGUGAUAUUUUUAAAUUAAUAAAUAUAUUACUGAAAACUAAUAUGAUCGGUCUUUAAAGCACUUUCGUAUUAAAAUGACAUUAAAACAUAUUUUAAAUUGUAGUAACAACAUAUGAUUCAAGUCUCCUUUUGAGGAGUUUCUUAGAUAAUAUUUUCUACUCAAAUUAUCAUUAAAAAAAGAUAUUGUGCUGGAGAUUGUACAUGUAUGUACAUAAUCAUCAGGAAAUAAAACGAAAAAAUUUUCGGCUCCAAACUUGCGACAGCUUCCAGCUGAGCUCUGUGCAUUUAUAAUUAGUUUUCAGUAAUAUAUUUCGGUUGUAGAUAUAUUUUACAAUUGUGAAAAAGUGCAGGGUGUGGUUUUACAAUGUAUGUGUAAUGAUUUUUGAACUUAGGUUGUCAGAAAAGAAAUGGAAUCAAAUUCCGUAGAUUUUGUAUGAAUUUUUUUAUAAGCUUGCAUAAGAAUACGCUAACAGCGGAUGCCUACUACCAUAUAUUCCCUCAUUAACAACCCUUUGACAUCACAUUUUGCAUAAGGGGUCCAUUUAUUAAGGUCCUCAAAUUUAUUUGUUUUAAAACUUUUUUAGUAAGUGGAAAAUGCAAAUCAAACUGUUAACAGUUACAGUCCUAUCACAGUUCGGGUAUUGUGAUUUAAAUACACUAAAAAAGAAAUAAAAAAAUUUGAAAUAUUGGGGAUGAGGUGAAAACGUUAAUUAGUGAAUAUAUGGUGUAUGUUAAAUAAAUGGCAGUUUACAAACCAAAUGAUAGUGAUGAAUAAAAGUAGUGUUAGUUUUUAAAUCCAUGACGUGCUAAAUAUGAAUAACUGCCUAAUCGGAGAUAAAACUUUGGUGCUCUUAUUUUGAAUGUGCCGUAUACUUGUUUUCAAUGACCUCAAAUUUACAUUCCACAUGUGAAUUUUUUUUUUCUACGCAGUUAAACCUUGCGUGUAUAGUUGAUCCUGGUAAACCAGAGGUACGCCAUAAUAUACAGUGUUAAUCGUUUUUCACUGGAAAUAUUAAAUUGCUUAGAGCGGUGUAAACAUGCAAAUUGUCCUUUGGCAAAAGUCUUGACAUUUCCAAGUUCUAUUUGCCAUCUUUUCAGCCUAAAUGCUUUUGUUGACGAUCGAGAUGUACAGUUGGUGACGGUUUUAUGAGUUCGAUACCAAAGUUUUUGAUGUAUAGAUAUAUUUAAUACAUGUAAUAUUUGUUCUCUAGUCAGACAUGCAUAUCACUUUACUUUGCUCAAUAAAUAUGGAUAGUAGGAAUUGAGUUAUAGCUUUUAAAAAGUACCGAUUUCAGUGAUGUUUCCGGUAGAACUUAAAAUAUAAUUUAUUUCCUAAAGUUUCCCUCCUUCUGAUGGAUCUCUUGUUACAUAACCCUUGUAUAAUUUUCCAUCGAAUAUUGUCCGUAUCCAUCAGCUGAUGUAUUGAUAGAAUAUUUACAAUUAGUGCUAGCUGUAUUUUUCCUUCUUACAGUUCGAAUUUUUUUGGAGAUGUUCGAAUUUUUGUGGUUAUAAAAAGAAAUUCAGUGCAAUCAAAAGUCCUGGUUGUGUAGAUUUUUCAACAAAUCUGCAUUUGACUUUUGUGGAAGAUGGUAUUAAUUCAGGAGAUUACGCUGGUCGAUAAUUUUUAGCUUUUCUAAAUUUGUAAAAAUGAUAUUAGCCAAUCUGUCAAGAUCAUUAUCUAAUAAAGUAUUGGGUGUGUAUAAGACGUAGAGGUUACUUAAGGGGUUGUUGUGAAGGGACAUCAGCAUCACUGGCCUGAAACAUAACCUAACUUCGAGUCUAUUACAGGUCUUAUACUUUUAAUAGUGUGUUAAUGUUAAGUUUAAAAAACAUUCUGUGUGUUAUUUAUUUGUGGAAGAUUGUGCAAUACAGCAGGCUGACAGAUGUUAAUAUAUGCAUUUAUAGAUGGAUAAACAACAGUUUUAUGUAAAGUAUUUUAUAUACAUUGUCAACAUGAGAACAUUUGUCUUCAUUCUCUUAAAUCAUGUUUAAAGUUCAAUAAAGAAGAAACCGAAAUUA